AUGGGUCUGGGGGCCUGGCUGCGCUCGCUGGGCGGCUGUUGCGGCUGCUGCGGGGGGGAGGCGGCGGCGCCCGAGAAGGAGCCUUUGCUCAGUAACAACAACCCCUACGCCUCCUUUGGAGCCACGCUGGCACGGGAUGAGGAGCAGAACCUGUGGAGCACCCCUCACGAUGUGACCCACACGGAGGCGGACGACGACCGGGUGCUGUACAACAUGAUCGUGGUCAGGAACCAGCUGGACAAGGACUCAGAGGAAUGGCAGAAGCUCAACUACGAUAUCUACACCUUGCGGCAGACUCGGAAAGAAGUGAGAAGCAGGUGGAAACAUAUUUUGGAGGAUUUAGGUUUCCAGAAGGAAGCAGACUCCCUUUUGUCAGUGACCAAACUCAGCACCAUCAGUGACUCUCAGAACAUGGGCAAAGCCCGGGACAUCCUGUUAAAGCUCUCUGAAGAGACAAACAUCUUUCCCACCAGCUGGGAGCUUUCUGAGCGCUACCUCUUUGUGCUGGAUCGGCUCAUAGCCCUGGAUGCUGCAGAUGAGUUCUUCAAGAUGGCCAGCCUGGUGUAUCCAAAGAGGCCCAGCGGGGACAGAGUGGACGACAGCCAGAAGGCUGCAACGCCCUGAGGAACCUGCCCUGCUGGCGUGAGACGGACAGGGGGUUUUCUUUUCCUCUGGGACCAGGCUCCUUUGCCGAGGGGCUGGCGUGAGUUGUGCCGCUCCUUGUUUUCCUGCAGAGAAGGAAGUGGGGCUGGCUGGAGCAGAGCGAGGUGGCCAGCGAGCUGUGCCCCAGCAGGAGGGCCCAGAGAAGCAGACGCUGACCCCGAGGUGCUCCCGAGCAGAAGGGACCAAGAACUGCCCUCGUGUAGCCCUGGUGGGAGACUGCUAGCCUAGCCGUUUAUGCAACGGGCAUGAGGGGAAACCUGCCACACACCAGUAGCUGUAAAAGUUGAGAUGGCUCCAGUUCCAAGUGCUGCAAGAAGUUCCCACCUUCUGCUGGUACCUGCUGCUGCCCCCUCCCUCCACCCCGCUGGCUGGGAGCGAGGAAGGAAAGAUACCUCAGUUGUCUACAACUCUUGACAUUUUCUCCGUGUGCUGGUCCUUUUCCUCACCUCCAGCCCGGGGCAGCCCCACCGGGCAGGUCCCAGCAGAUGCAGCAAAGGGGCAGGAGCUGCACGUAGCUGGGAGAGGAGUUGGUGCCAGGCAGCAAAGCCUUGGAGCAGUGUCACGGUUGGGGUGCUCGGUCCUGGCCAGUAGUGGUUUGGAGAUGUGUAUGUCAGGGUGCUCAGCUCAGCAUCUUCAAAGAAGGUGGAUUUUAGGAAGGUGUCAAGGUCAGACCUGCUGAGAAUCUGGCUCCUGUAAUGCCCUCAGAUCAGUUGCCCAACAUCUUCAUUAUUUUCUGGAAGUUUAUCUCAUAAUUGCAUUAAGAAAACCAACACUAUAAAGCUGCAUGGGCUGUCAAUAUACACCAUCCCUGCUGGUAAUGAGGAUUUUAAAUUAAUAUCAGUGUUAUCUUGGGGUUAUGUCUGAUAAAGAGCAAUAAUUUUAAAACACUGGAUUUGAUCUUUGAAAAACAAGUGGAAGUGCUUCACUGAUUAACAUGUGUGCUGCUAGUUGGCCAGUUGAAAAUGCUGGUUACACAGGACCUCCCAAAACAGCAAAACAGAGGUUUUAUUUGUUUAUACCUACAGUGUUUGAAAUCUUUCUCACUAUAUAUAUAUAUAUAUAUA